AUGUCACUAGAUUACUCUCAAUGCAUACAAGGAAACGCACCAGUAGCAAGCUCUAGCUCCACAAAACCUAGCUCAACGCUCACAACUAUCAUCAAACUCUCCUCUUCCUCAUCCGCCAAACUUAGCUCAUCCGCAUCCGCAUCUCCAACCACCGGUGGAACGAAAUGUACUGGGACAUUCACUCCUAUCUCCGCAUCCUCCUUCAUCGCCGCCAUGAACCCAGGCUGGAAUCUUGGAAACACGCUCGACGCCGUGCAAAACGAAGGCGACUGGAACAACCCGCCCGUCGUCGCCUCCACAUUCGACGAUGUCAAAGUGGCCGGUUUCAAAGGCGUCCGACUGCCUGUGACUUGGGCGUACCACUUCACCGGCAGCUCUCCGGAUUGGACUGUUGACCCAACAUGGCUACAGAGAGUUUCAGAUGUACUCGACAUGAUCACGAGCCGUGGGUUUUACACAAUCGUCAACGCCCACCACGACUCUUGGGUCUGGGCGGAUAUCACCCAAGCUAACGCUAAUAUAACUAUGAUUGAGGAGAAGUUUUAUAGACUGUGGUAUCAGGUUGGCACUAAGUUGGCAUGUAAAGGCAGUAUGGUGGCUUUUGAACCGAUCAACGAACCCCCUGGGACUACGGCUGAGCACGGUGCCGAACUCAACAAACUUAACGGCAUAUUCUUGCAGGCUAUCAACGACGCCGGGGGCUUCAAUACACAGAGAGUUGUAACCUUAGUGAAUGCAGGAGAGGAUGGAGUGAAGACAAGCCAAUGGUUCAAACGACCCGAUGCGAAGUUCAAGAACCCAUGGGCGAUUCAGUACCAUUACUACUCUCCAUACGACUUCAUCUUCCAAGCUUGGGGCAAAACGACCUGGGGCUCCGCUGCCGACCAAGCCAGCCUGGAAGCUGACCUCGCGGCCGUCCGCGGCAACUUCACCGACGUGCCCCUCGUGAUCGGAGAAUGGAGUGCCUCACCAACCGCAACUGAAACUAGCGCUCGAUGGCGCUACUUCGACUUCUUCAUCCGCACAGCCGCAAAAUAUAAUACAGUGCCUAUUAUGUGGGACAACGGCGCCGACUUUCUUAACCGCGCGACACAUCAGUGGCGAGAUACGGUGGCUAUGGACAUCAUGACUAACGCAAGCAAGGGGAUUGCAAACGCGCUGCCCGAUAGCACGACCGAUGGCAGUGUAACGAGUCAAAGUAGUUCCGCAUACAUCUACCACAAACUCAACACGAGCAUAACCGACCAAACCCUGCCUUUCCUACUCAACGGUAACAGCUUCAAAUCCGCAACCCUUGCGUCCACAGGCAAGUCCCUAGUCUCGGGAACAGACUACUCCAUCUCUGGAUCCUCGAUUACCUUCAAAUCCACCUUCUUAUCCACCAUUCUUACACCAACCACGCCAACCGGCUCCAUCGCCAACCUCACCCUCACUUUCUCCACCGGCGCAAGCCUCCUCGUAAACAUCCUAUCCUACUCCACACCCACCAUCUCCCCCACUUCCUCCGCCCUCCCCUCCGUCUCUGCAGACCUCUUGAUCCCAAUAACCUGGGCCGGACAGAACCGCCCCGCAGCCGUAAAAGCGGUGAAGAGUGACGGAACGUUUUUGGUGGACGAUUGGACACAGUAUCUCGGGCCAUUGCAGCAGGGAAGGAUGACGUAUUCUGGGCAGUGGGAUUGGGAUGGUAGUCAUGUGGUUUUGAAGGCUGCGGUAUUGGAUGCCGUUAGGAGUGCAGGGAAGAGCACUGUUUUUACGAUUGAGUUUUAUCCUAGGGUGGAGGGGAAUAGCGUGAACUAUACGCUCACGGUGUGA